CGCACUCGGCCCUUGGGGACCCGGGCGCGCGCAGGGCAGAGCCGGAGCCGCCGCCGCCGCGAUGAGGUCCGCGCUGCCGCUGCUCCUCGCCGGCGCCUGGCUGCUGGGCGCCCUGAGCGCCGGCGCCGCCGGCCUGUACUUGGGCUUCUCAGAGAUGGUUCGCUUCAAGUCCUGGAUGCUGCAGCACCGGAAGGCCUACAGCACGACGGAGUACCAGCACCGGCUGCAGACCUUCGCCAACAACCGCAGGAGGAUCACCGCCCACAACGCCAAGAACCACACGUUCCAAAUGGGAAUAAACCCGUUUUCCGACAUGACCUUCGCGGAGUUCAAGCACAAGUACCUGUGGUCGGAGCCUCAGAACUGCUCGGCCACUAAAAGCAACUACCUGCGCGGCCGGGGCCCCUACCCCAGCUCGGUGGACUGGAGGAAGAAAGGACCCUUCGUCUCCAAAGUGAAAAACCAGGGCGGCUGCGGCAGCUGCUGGACCUUCUCCACCACCGGGGCCCUGGAGUCCGCCAUCGCCAUCAAGACCGGCAAGAUGCUCUCGCUGUCGGAGCAGCAGCUGGUGGACUGCGCCCAGAACUUCAACAACCACGGCUGCAAGGGGGGCCUCCCCAGCCAGGCCUUCGAGUACAUUCGCUACAACAAGGGCAUCAUGGGCGAGGACACUUACCCCUACACCGGCCAGGACGGCAAGUGCAAGUUCCAGCCGGAGAAGGCCGUCGCCUUCGUCAAGGACGUGGCCAACAUCACCCUGAACGACGAGGAGGCCAUGGUGGAGGCGGUGGCGCUGUACAACCCCGUGAGCUUCGCCUUCGAGGUGACCAGCGACUUCAUGAUGUACCGGAAGGGCAUCUACUCCAGCACUUCCUGCCAUAAAACCCCAGACAAGGUCAACCACGCGGUGCUGGCUGUGGGGUACGGAGAAGAAAACGGGAAGCCCUACUGGAUCGUCAAGAACUCCUGGGGCCCCCAGUGGGGGAUGAACGGGUACUUCCUCAUCGAGCGCGGGAAGAACAUGUGCGGGCUGGCGGCCUGCGCCUCCUACCCCAUCCCACAGCUGUGAGCCCACGGAGAUCCCAGGAUGCCCCGCUCCAGCCGGGAGACCGUGGGGGCCCCCAGCCCUCGCUCUGCAUCCUCGCCCCGACUGAGGAGGAGGAGGAAGAGGAGGCGUUCCAGCCACCGGCCCGCCUGCCUCCCCACAGCGGACACCAGCCGUGCCUUACUUAGCCCGGACCUAACGGGCUCCAGGAUAUUCUCUCCCCCAGAGGCCUCGUGCACCCAGUAGGGUGUGCGGGGCCUCUGUGUGUUCUUCCCCCAAUAAACGCUCAGCGAGAUCCUCCGG